UCCAUGCUGCGUCGCGCUCGGUAGCGCUGACGCGUUACGUCACUUCCAGGCGUGGUGUUUCGAGUGUGCCGUGCGUGCGCUGAAAAUGGCCGUCCACCUCGGGACACGCUGACUUAGCCGAUUUAUCGAGAGCGAGUCCUGCCUCGAUCGACUCCGACGAGUUCCGCGCGCGCGUCGCGUCGAGGAGUCGUCCGCGUCUCGGCGAGGGCAUCGCUGAUUCCAAGGUCGUAGGACGUCGGAUUUCGCGCGAGGAGUCGCCGUGGUCGAGAGAAUCUUCGUGCAUCAGUGACUCGGAAAUAGUACAAAAAUUCAAUGGAAAUGGGCUUUGUUUACAACACAUGGAUCUGUGCACGAUUAAGCGAAAUGGGCAUUUCGGUUAAUUAACAAACACCUGAUACAAGUUGAUCAAGAUGCGGGAAAGAUGUAGCACGGUCCCCUGGAGGAUAGUGGGGAUCAUCUGAACAAUGCAGUUUAUUUAAAAUAAUAUAUAUUUAAUUAAUAACUCUUCACUUAAAUUGCAAACAAUGGAAGCCUCGGUAACGAGGGUGGUAAAUAUAAAGUGUGCUUGCAUUAAACUAAACGGAUGAUAUGUAAAACUAUUAAUCCAACUUAAUGAAUUCGGUAAUGGAGAAAAUAAGUAACAUGAGCUUCGUUCAGGCAAUUAGAUAUUAAAGUAAUCUCUGGAGUGCACUUUUUAUGAACAUUUUCCUCGUGAUAGUAACCAAAUUUAUACUUUUGUACACUUUUAAUAUUACUCAAAUGAGUGUCAAUUACUAUUUGGAGUAUCGCACGACUUAUGUUACUAAGAAUUAUGUAAAGUAGUGUGCAUUUCAUACGGGUGUGGAAUAUAAGACUGCAAAGAUGUCAUUCUUAUCGAAUCUUAAGAAGGCAUUCCACUUUGGUGGCAAUGAUGCAAAGAAGAAGAAAGUGUACAACAACAUCAAGAUGGAUUGUGAUCCAGAAGAAUUUUGGGAAAUGAUAGGCGAGCUUGGCGAUGGGGCAUUUGGAAAAGUAUACAAGGCACAACAUAAACAAACUCAGCAGCUGGCUGCUGCAAAAAUGUGUGCUUUGGAAGGAGAAGACGAUCUCAGUGAUUUUAUGAUCGAGAUCGACAUCCUCUCGGAGUGUAAACAUGAAAAUGUUGUUGAGCUGCACGAAGCAUACUUUAUCGAUGGAAAAUUAUGGAUGUUAAUUGAAUACUGUGAUGGAGGCGCUCUGGAUUCCAUAAUGGUUGAGUUAGAGAAGCCACUGACAGAACCUCAAAUAGCAUAUGUUUGUCAGCAUAUGACGAGAGGUCUAACCUUUUUACAUAAGUCAAAAGUCAUUCACAGGGAUUUAAAGGCUGGCAAUGUUUUACUUACAAUGGCUGGAGGUGUCAAAAUAGCUGACUUUGGUGUGUCGGCGAAGAAUAAGCACACUCUACAAAAACACGAUACCUUUAUUGGUACACCCUACUGGAUGGCUCCGGAAGUGGUUUUGUGUGAAACAUUCAGAGACAAUCCAUAUGACUUCAAAGUGGAUAUUUGGUCCCUUGGUAUAACGUUAAUAGAGUUUGCACAAAUGGAGCCGCCGAAUCACGAAAUGUCGCCAAUGCGUGUCUUAUUGAAAAUUCAGAAAAGCGAUCCUCCUAAACUUGACCAGCCCGGAAAAUGGAGUAAGGAUUUUCAUGACUUUAUAGCGAAGGCAUUAACGAAGGAUCCUACUGCUCGACCCACGGCUGAGGAGUUAUUGAAGCAUGCGUUUAUAAAUAGAGAUUUGGAUUCGAAACCAAUAAGGGAUUUGCUGCUCGAGUACAAGGCUGAUGUUGUCGAAGAAGAGCUGGUUGAUGAGGAAGCCGAGGAGCAGCGCACGUCGCAGUUACCCCUCGAGCUGGACCAACUCGGAGAUGAUUCCGCAUCUAUGCGCAGCGACACUGACAUUAAGAUUGCGGAGAAGGAGAAUGUCGUGUCACCGGUGUCUGCGAAGAGGGAAGAGAGUAACAAGCGGGAGAUCAAUCGGGACGGCGAAAAGGAAGAAAGGAAUAAGAAGCUCCGCAAAGCAGACUCCAGAGAGAACAUUUCCCUGUCUGUAGAAAAGAAGCAGGCACCGAAACCACCCGUGACGAAUGAGACCAAUGAACGAAGAGCCUCUAGGGAAAAGGGUCCAGCACCUCCACCACCAGCGACUCGUCAGGAUAGCAAGAGUGAUGAAAAAGAAAAUAUUCCAAAGACUGCCGAUAAACCGAACGCCGUGGAAACGUCCAAUAUUCGAAGGCCUGUUGAUGAGAAACCAGACAAAGGUCCGGUAUUGCAAAACCACGAAAAAGGAGAUAAGCCGAGAAAAAGUAACGAGAACCAAAAGAGAGCCGCUGACAAGAGACCUAGCAUCGAUGGUUCGGAACAUAUAAAGGCUCCGAUGGUCGAGGAUAAAAAGAAAAGUGUUUCGGAACCGAAAAACGUCGAAUCCAGACCGAAAUCGGUGGACAACAAGAAAAGCUUAUUGACGGAGAAAAAGGCGAGUUUAGAUGAAAAACGAAAAUCGGCUCCUGUUAGGUCGGACUCCAUCGACGAGUGGAAAAAGCCAGCGUAUGGGAAACAGAGUUCGUUGGAGGAGAAGAGAAGAUUCGAGCAGAAGUCGUCAGUGGAGGAUGGGCUCAGGUUUCAGAAGCAAUUGCCAAAAGAGGAGCAUCAUAUGAACAAGAGCUUGGAGGAGAAAAGGAAGUCCGUAGAAGAGAAAUUAAAUGCAGUGUUAGAAAAGCGGAUGUCUAUUGAAUCGGCGAAGCGUUCGAGCGAUGUAUCCAUGCAGACGUUCGUACAAACGCCGGAUGCCACGACUCCGUCCAUUCUUCUCGAUAAAAGCCCCGUGAAAGCGAGCUCAACGGAAGAUAUCAAGACGGACUUUGGUAUUUCGAAGAAUCGCAAUCUCGCGAAAAGCCGAAGCGAAGGUUCAUCAAGGAAUGAUUCACUGGAGAACCUGUCUGAUGACCUCGAGGGAAAAGAUACAGCUGUAAAAUCCGCGGGCAGAAAGGGUGAAGGUGAAGACACGCCCGAUCGAAGUACAGGCAGUGAACGAACGGAUUCUACUGUAAACGUUUCCGUCAUUACCUCAACGCCUCUAAGAAGCAGAAGUGUGUCCAGAAGUGGUAGCGGGGAUAACAUAGUUGUCAUUACUGGUAAAUCUCAACCGGAACAAGACAUUCGCCCAAAUACGUCAACUGUGAGGAUAACAGCUGAUUCUCCGGAUCCAUCGAACAGUCUCGCGAGUAACAUAAGUCAGGUCACCGUUGUUACUACGCAUCCUCCGGUACUGGUAGAUGCAGCAGCUACACCACCACCUCAUCGGCCAUCACCGUCGUCAGAAGUGAUUAUAGUUGCUAACGAGACUAACAAGACUCAAGUAAACGAGAGCUCCACCGAUGACGACGGCUUCCCGAGCUUGGACAGCUUGGAGUACACUCCUCAGGAGCAACCUAUCGUUAUCACCGACACGCCGAAGAGAAUCGGCAAGAAGUUAGACGAGUCGGAGGUGAUCAUAGUCAGUCCGAUCGUGGACGAGUUGCAGGAUACUAGUCACGUCUCGGUCGUUACCGUAGGUGACGACAAGGAGCAAGUUAAGGACUCCUCGAUCGUUAGUAAGCGUACAAUCGUUAGGACGGGAUCGUCACACAGCGAUUUCAGUUCUACCGAGAGGUCCAGCUCGAAGAGCGACAGCGGAGACGACAGCAAAACGGCCAUGGUAGUCUCCGCAACCACUAUGGAGGCGACGGACGUCGACGACUUGGCCGAUAGAAACUUGAAAAUAAUGAAUGGUCAGAUACGAAGCGAAAGGGUGUCCUUGGCUCGCGACGACGAGAGGACGGCGAAGACCUCGAAACAGAAGGAGGUCGACUCUAAGCAUCUCAAAGAGAAACGCGUGUCACCUGACAGUUUUGAGGGGUCCAGGUCUCACAGCGAUUCUGGAUCAACUAGAUCACAUACACCUAGCAAGAGUAUAGACCGUUCGGAUGCCGAAUCCAUAUCCACGACGAUUAGUCAAGACAGUCGCGGCUCUAAUAAGGAGAACCACUUCACGGGGAGGGAAUCGCGUCAGUCGUCCGAACUGGACGACGAGAUAGUACUACGCAGAAAGCCUGAUUAUAACAGGGACAUCCCUAGACAAACUAGAACGAAAGAGGAUAUUCAGAUGAUGAAUCUGAAGAAGAAAACCAGGAAGAGGACGAGGAAGUUCGAAAUCGACGGAGUGGUCGUAACGACUACGACGUCGAAAGUCAUAUACGGAGAUGACGAGAACGGGAAGGUAUACGACGACCAAAUCUUCCGAAAGCAGGAGCUCAGAGAAUUGAAGAUGCUGCAGAAGAUGGAGCAGAAACAAUUCCAAGACCUUUCGCAGAAGGCUCAGUUCAAUAAAGACCAGCAGGAGAAACGGUUCGAACAUGAGAGGCAAAUUUUGGAGCGAGCUGCUGAAACUGAUCUGGAAGCUCUUGCCAGACAACAAAGGCAGCAAAUCGAGAGAGCCGAGACACAACAGGAGGCUGAUUUAAGACUGGCGUCGAAAAAGAUACGCAGUGAACAAGAACGAGAGUUGAAGCAAUUCCGGGAAGGCUUGAAACAGGAAUUGAGAUUACUUAAACAGGAAGUUGACCUGAUGCCAAAGGAGAAGAGGAAGAGCGCGUUCAAAAUGCGAAAGGAGAAGCUGGAGGCUGAACACGAGGAACGCGAGAAGCUUUUCUUGGAGAAGCUGAAUGAAAGUCACGAAACGUCAUUGAGAAGGCUAUCCGACAGUCAUCGUGAGAAGAUAGCGUUGAUGGAGCGACAAUUCUUACAGCAGAAACAGCAGCUGAUGAGGGCGCGAGAAGCGGCGAUUUGGGAAUUGGAGGAACGCCAGAUACACGAGAGGCAACAGUUGUUGAAGAAACAGCUGAAGGAUACCUUCUUCUUGCAGCGGCAUCAGAUGCUUGUCCGCCACGAGAAGGAACUCGAACAAAUGAAGAGGAUGAAUCAGAGGAAGGAAGAGGAGCUGAUCAAGAGACAAGCCGUCGAAAGGAGGAAUCUACCUAAAAGAAUUCGCAACGAGAUGAAGGCACGCGAAAUGAUGUUCAGGGAGUCCUUGCGAAUAUCCAUGGCUUCGGCUCUUGCUCCUGACCCUGACGCCGAAAGGGAGAAACUGAAGAAGUUCCAGGAGAACGAGAAGAAGAGAUACAGGGCAGAGCAGCAGCGUUUCGAGCUGAAACACGCGAGGCAGCUCGAAGAAGUUCGGGCCCAGAGCGACGCUACUAUCAAGGAGCUCGAGCAACUUCAAAACGAGAAGAGGAAGAUGCUGAUGGAGCACGAGACAAUGAAGCUGAAAGCGCAGGAGGAAACCUACACGAAGGAGCUCAAGGAAUGGAAGGCACAGUUGAAGCCGCGUAAGCAGAGAUUGGAAGAACAAUUCGCCUUGCAGCUGGAGGAGCAAGAGGCGAUUUUCGGACCAAGUGCGAUACCUUUAUGUCUGCCACCUGAUCUUCCCGACCUUACACACCACACCGCAGGUUCUACACGCAGUUCGUUGUCUUCUGUAAGCGAAGGCGAGGAGACAAGAGAGCUGUUCGCAGUAAUUCGUCCCAACCAUCGAUUGUAAAUUUCAUUUCGUGGCUCGACUAGUGCGCAUAAUAAUGAAUGGAUGGAUUUCAACGUAAUGUUGGGGCUUGCUUUUGGACUUCCAUGUUGUACACCGAGAUGGGUGGCAUAAGUGCACGUUGUUCCCCAUAGGUAGGCGAUUAUUAGCAGACUCGACAAAUUUCUGUAACAUACUCUAAAAACGGCACAGGUUGAGACUAAUUAUUGUCACUUCGAUUGAGUUCGAGUGGGGUGCAUAAUCUCACCCGUAGUUCUUAAACAAUGACAGACGCUACUAUGGAAACCCGGGCAGGCUCCUUCAAUGUUUCUUCUUUUUUUUUUCCUACUAUGACGCACCCGAACUUGUACAUAGUGCAUUGUCUUUCCUUUCUUUUCCUUUCUUUUUUUUUUAUGAAGCUUCUAAUACGAAAACGCGUACGUCGAUUUAGGUGACUUAUUCCGCCCGAUCAGCGUUCGAGAUAACGCAAAGCGCGUAACACGUUGAUUUCUUUUAUAUGCCUUGUAUGAUAUGUGAAAAUGAAAUUCAUUACCAAUUCGAGUGGGAUUGAAUAUAUCAGAUUCGUUGAUAUGUUGUAGCACGAGGCUGGAAGUCCAAUGCCGGACGUGGAUUAGACUGUAUUCGGUGGAAAUCUUUGAUAGAGAUACAAAUUGCGAAAUUGCGCGAUUGGCUACCAGAUAAAUUUCUAGAUAAUGUGCGGAGCUUUCGCAACGCCUAAAUCCUAUGGAUUAUUCAGCGAUUUAUUGUGGAGAUCAGUUACAGUCCAUUCCGAAUUUUGUAUUCACUGUCGAGGUAUUUACCGAAUACAAGUGUUCCCGUUGGAGUUCUGUACGCACGUAUGAUGCAUGUAAGGAAAAAUUCGAAAGACAACGCGCGAUUGAGAAGUCAUACGCGGAGAGGAUGUACACGUCUAUGGGCUGUUUCAAUUUCUCUUCCUUUUCUCGGUGAGAACUGUAGAUUCCGAUUUCGUGCUAGCCUACGAGUAGAUGUGCCACCGAGGCAUUUUGUAAAAUAUUAACGUUAAUCACGUGUGACACGAAUAACGGUAAUGAAUGUUAAAACUUAGCGUAGACUCGGAAUGGGUCCGCUACUCGCGAAUCGAGUAUAGUGCACUUGAAUUAGGGAUUAGUGGUCUCGACAGAAGUCGCCAUGUUCAAUUUGGCAAUAUCAGAUAAAAGUCAACCCGUCAACGCAUUAACGAAACAUACAGAGAGAACUUAGUAAGGAUAUAUAUCCACAGAAAUAUAAUUAUAUAAAUAUAUAAAUAUAUAUAUAUACAUACACAUAUAUAUUUUAAUAAUGACAACGAUCGUAGUAAGAAUCAAAAAUCAACACCAAAUGUCCAAAUCGUAUGUGGUAUUACUUUUGUUACGAUUCCCUUGAGAUUUUUGUGAGGUACUUUAAAUGCAAACUUCUCAAUGGAAACUUCUUUUCCGAUGUAGAGAAGAGCGAAAGUGCGUGGUCGACUUAUGCGAGACGUAGGUAAAGGUACAUACUUGUGUAUAAAGUAUUUUGCGUACACUCGAUUUCAUUUCGCAUUGGGUUGUCUACCGAUAAGUCUAGUUAUUACUCCUAUUUAAUAAGCAAUCUUGUGUAUAUACCUGCAUAUAUAUGAAAAUGCGAAUCGUUGGAAGUCUCUGAAUAUUACUUACUUUCACGUUAAGGGAUGCCUUUCGUUCACCGAAAGCAAUUUCAUUGGACAGCCUUCUUUGUAGCCUCGAAUUGGAAAAGUUAUGAGAAUAGGUUUCAAAUGAUACGACAAUGAAACUAAUUGUUGGACGCGUUUGAAUUCUUAUCGUGUUUCUAACGAGGUGUAAAGGAAAAGAUGGGGUUUCCCACAUUUAUCCGGAUGUGGUGUUUCAUGCUUUUUUGCUUGGAAGAAUCGUUAGGGAAACAUGAUACCAAACGGAAUAUACUUAUUAGGGCAUAAUUCACCUCCUCGGAUUGUCAAUAGUGUAUGAAAUAAUAAUUUUGGAAUUUUUAACAGGUAAAAUGUCGGUAUGCUGGUCGAUGAUUGCGGAUGUUAACUUCUGGGACUGGUAUUAUAUUUGUAGUAAAAGAAAAUACAAGGGUCCUUGAAGGUAA